UGGGAACGAGUUCCGAGAAAGGUCAAAGGUAACGUUCUGUGUGGCGCCAUUUUUGGAGAACGGUAAAAAAAAGCUGCCAACUGUCAGCGGAAAGAACUAUGGGGAAGAAGACCCAAACACGGACUUCCCCAGUCACCUCGGCAGCAGGGAACUCUCCACCCACUAUCCCUGACGGUCCUGACAUGAAAGGUCUGUCCCACACCUCCCCACGUGACAGGAAACACAGGAGCAGGGGACGGGAGAAACAUGCCGGAACCCAAGAACAGCAAAACACAUCCACAAGACGAAAAGCAGCUUCAACUGUGGUUAAAGAAGAGAUGGGCACUUCCGAUGGCACAGGUGCAGCUGGGAGGGGGAAUUCAUCAAGGAAGAGAAGGAAGACAGGGCCUGGGGAACAAGGUCAAGGGGACACAGGUACAGAUGAGAACAAUGCUGCAGUAGGAAAACAGCAUUCUGACAAGAGUACACAAAAAAGAACAGUAAGAACUGAAGCACAUCCAGCAACACCCGGAGGUGCACAGGGACGUGGCAGGGGCAGGAAAAGGAAAGCCCCACCUGGUGGUGCUUGGAGGAAUGACAACAAUGCUGAUAAAACUGUACAUACAGGUGAUAGUUCUGGAUCCAGACCCUCACGAAAGAAAAGACGGCACAGCAGAGGAUCAUCACCUGCACAAGGACGGUCGUCGACAGAGGGUGCAAGUUGUUCCUCUGAAAAACCUGCAACCUCUGAUGUACAGGAAGUUGCAGCUACGUCAAGGACUUCUAGCAAAUCAAAGGAAGACAAGAAGAAAGGAAGAGCUGGAAAAGAAAAGGAUUCUUCCCCUCAAACCAAACCUUGUAAAGGUAACAGAGCUGAAACCAAAGUGACAGGCAAAGAUGGUGGUACAGCAGAUAUCAGCUCAAGUGCCAAAGGGCAGAAGAGGAAAAAGAAGAAGAGGAAGGGAUCAAAAACAGAACUGGGCACAGAGGAGGCUAGAGGCACAAAGACAGAAACUACAGCAGAGGCAGUUGAGGCUGAGAAAUGUGCCAUCUGUCUGGAGGAGUUGACAGACCAGCGUGUGGGAACGCCUGCCUGCUGUCGCCACUCCUACUGCCUGGACUGUAUACAGACAUGGGCACAGAGGAAAAACAAAUGCCCGGUUGACAACAAAACGUUCCAUGAGAUUGUUGCCCGAGAGAGACUAGGAGGUGCCAUAACAGACAGGAUCCCAGCCCCUGACAGAAAUGAGGUCCAUCCUGAAGAUGAUGAUGACCUGUUCACCAUCAACAUUGACGGGGAGGAGGUGAACAUCUUGGAACAGCUGAACGGGUACUUCCUCAGGUACCAGGAGGGGUGGGACCACUGGGCCGAUGGUGAUGAUGAUGAUGAUGAUGAGAGUGGCUGGGUGUCAAUUGAUGAAGAUGGUGACGACAGUGAUGAUGAUGAUGAUGAAGAUGAUAGUGAUGAGGAUUCAUACAGUGAUGACACCAGUGAGGAGGAGAGGGACGACAGUGACGGUGGCAGCUAUAGUGCAUCCGAGGGGGACUGGGAUACCUUUUUUGAUGACAGUUAUGAAGGCAGUUAUCGCGGAGGUAGUUCUCCCGACCUCGACAGUGACAGUGACAGUCAUGACAGCAGUGUGGAUGAUGAUGAUGAUGAUGAGACCCCGUACGGUGGUUACGGUGAUUAUGGACCACCUGAUGACUACAAUGCCAGCAGUCCCUACAGUAACCAGGAUGGUUCAUUUGAAGAAGCCUCAGGUCACGACGAUGACCAAAGUGGCGAUGAUGAAAAUGGGGAUUAUUACAAUGAUGGCUACAACAAUGAAUAUGGUGAUGAUGGUUAUAACGCCUCUUACGGUGGCUAUUAUGACCCUGUAUACCACGAUUCUUUUGAAUUUGGUGGCUAUGACCAUGGGUACAAUGACCAAAGCAAUAGUGGAGACUACUAUGAUGAUGGGUAUGGUAAUGACUACAGUGAUAGUUAUGACCAGGAUUCUAAUGACGACAGUGAUAGCAGUAGUAGUGACUGGUGAUACCUGUAGACAUCGAAUAUUUCUUGCAGAAAAGUUUCACUUCUUGGAUAGAUGGAAUACAACCAACAUUAUAUCACUUCUUACUGUCACACAUAGCAGAAUAUGGCCUACCGAACACUGCCAAACUCCCCCCACCAUGGUUGGGAGUAAUUGUUGGGAGCAACAUCGGCUGUGGUUGGCUGGCAUUCGGCAAGGUUGGCUACUGUUUGCCUGCACCAACAGUAAUACAUGUAUGGGCAAAUACCUGCUGUUACUUGUUAGACUACUCCAAAAGUUCAGCCAACUUUGCUUUGAACCUUCCCCUGGCCACCAACAGUUGGUUUAGUGGCCAGGUGAAGGUUCUGAAUGUGCGAUAGAAGCUUUAGUAGUUUACUUUUGUUAAUCUUUUACAGAACAGUCAUGGUAUAACGUUUAGACUGCAUCACUUUGUUCAACAGUUGGCAUAAUUAAAUGGUUGCAAAGUACAAACUAUCUCACAUUUUUCUUGUACAUGAACUUGAAACAUAUAGUGAAAUGGAGUAAACUUUAGGAGAGGAGAAACUAGAAGUUUGAUAUUUUCAGAUUUGUUGUCAAGUUGAUAACAAUGUACAUGUAUACAGUUACCUACAUUGUGUAACAUUUUGGCUUUUUGUCAGCAUUGGUUCAAGCAGCAGAGUGAAACAUACUAUGAUUGACUUAAGUCCAGUGUUCUAGCCAGCCUGGAGUCAAAACAGACACUGGCUGGAGCACUACUGCUUGUAUCUUUCUGUCAGCUUUUUCCUCUGAAACUUGAAAGAAAUGUCAACUAUAUUUAAGGAGCUGCCAAAUGUGCCAUCUUCUCAAUUACUUAUCAAAUGUACACUCUUGCUACUAAAAUUUUAUGUCAGAAGAAAGAUAAAGUUGCAAAAUUAGACUUGAUGUCUUUUGAAUCUUGCUUAUGUUUUCUAUACCAUAUUGUACAUCCAAGUCUGUUUAUAGUAAAGAAUUAAAACCACUAUCAAGAAGCAAAAAAGACACAUUCACAAAAGUCAGAACAUAAGUUUUUUUAUGUAACAAAACUGUUAUAAAUGUUAUAAUCAAUGCCUUCAACAUAAACUCUGUGUUGCUGAGACUUUCCUCAGUAGUCAGUUUGUGAUAGUCAAAUGUAACAAAGUUCAGUCAAGAAAUAGAUAACCUUUGAAAAUAAGUUGUGCAGAAACUUGGAAGGAUUGGGUCUUUGUGAGUUUAACUUUAAACUUAGUUCAAUUUUUUGUCCAAGAUAUUCAAAGUUCUUCAGUAUUUCAUGCUUCAGCUUUUUUUCCUUUAGUAUUUUCUUCCACCCUUAUGAUCAUAAGCCUAGAGCAAUCAAUUGUCACAUAUCGGGAAGUCAAGAAAAUUCACCCAUUUUCAGCCCAGCAACACAAAGCCUGUGAAUGAUGUGAUACAGCACUUUGGUCAAUUGUGUAUUUCUGUCCACACACGACUCCACUGUAUGGCAAACUAAUACAAGCUACCAAUUCAAGUGACACUUAAAACAAAGAUGCAAAACAUUUGUGAAAAGCAAGUUUUCCCCCAAAAAGCUAUCAUAUAAUAUACACAUAUUUCUUACAUCUAACAGAUCUUGUCUGUACCACAUUGCCAUUUCUUACUUUUUUUUUCAACAACUGAAACAUUCCUUUAGUUACAUGGCAUACUCAUAAGGUCAUACAUGUAUAUGCUCAACAAAGAGUCCUGACAUUACUACAUAAACUCUAGUGCCAUGUCAACUUUAAUUGUCAUGAUAAAUAAUAUGUGAAUAAUGUUAAUUUAUUUAUAGUACUUUUAUCAUAAUUUGGCACAAAAAAAGUGUAAACAUGUAUAAUACUCAUCUUUCGCUGUAAACUGAGUUUUCCAGACAACAUAAUACUAUGCAAUCUGACAGCAGAAAUACAACUGAUGCAUUCAAACUUACCAAUUUCUUAACA